AAUAAAUUAUGUUAAUCAGAGAGCACACGCGGAGAUUUGGGCGUACUGCCUUAUUUACCGGGGGGGAUACCGUAGUUGCUAUCAGUACGAUGUGUUAUAGCAAUCGCCGCUGGUGAACGUGUUUACUCUCACAAGGUCUUUCAGUUUUAAUUCGUACCCAUCCUUUUACCAACUCAAUCGUUUUAACUCAAGUGACAAGGGUUAUCGUCUCGGUAAACAGUGCAACAAGUUAACAAAGCCUGCUGUAAGUCGGUGGGGAGUCUUUCGCAGGUUGCCCCGCUCGGCAGAGGACGGAAGCGCGGUGCCCUUGUUGGACCGUCUCCUUGCUCGCUGGGAGCUCGACCACCUCUCUGGUGUUGUAGCUAACCAUAAUAGGUUUAGAAUAGUUGCGACCCACGCGUAAACAUCGAGUCCAGACUAGAAGAGCGCUGUAGCCUGUGCACAAUUUACGCGCAAGGAGUGCGCGAGCUGUCGCAUUGUUAAGAAUCCCAUAUGAAGGCUUUGGAGGCUCGAGGAAACUCAAGGUGCAGUGAAAGCAUGGAGAGGGAACCAGGGUCUUACAAACGGCAGUACUGCUGUAGGACCUUCGCAAGUGUAAUUUCGCUUUUAUUUUCUGUUGUGUCCGUCGCCUAUUGCAUUCUUCUGAGUGUACAAACAUCCGAGAUCAGACAGAGGGUCGUGGAAUUGGAAACAACUGGAAACGGAGAGAUUCAGUAUCACCAGGUUCCCGGCUUUUCCAUGGAUCAGCUUAAUUCAUUGGUACGGGAGAGAGUGGAUCAACUUCUGUCUCAGAGGACAUACGAACAUUUGGCCAAAAUAAGGUCUGCUCGAGAAGCUCCACCUGAGUGCAACUGUCCACCAGGCCUGCCAGGAAAGCGCGGAAGGAGGGGUAGAGAUGGCGUGCCUGGACCUCCUGGUCCCCCAGGUCCUAAAGGAGACAAGGGGGACCAAGGUGACCAGGGGCCACGGAUGGUCUUCCCUAAGAUCAAUCACGGCUUUCUUUCCGCUGAUCAGCAGCUUAUUAGACGCCGGCUCAUUAAGGGAGAUCAGGGACAGGCUGGUCCCCCGGGGCCCCCAGGCCCCCCCGGACCUCGAGGGCCCCCAGGUGACACAGGUAAAGACGGUCCCAGAGGAGUCCCAGGACUUCCGGGAGAGCCAGGGAACCCGGGCGAAAUGGGGCUGAUGGGACCAGAGGGACCUCCAGGACCCAAGGGUCCACCUGGGAUUCCAGGUGCUGAUGGACUGAAGGGCGAAAUUGGAGAGCGAGGUGAAAAGGGUGACAUGGGAGAUGAUGGCCAGAAGGGUGAAGUUGGUCAGAAGGGAGAUGCAGGAUCAUCUGCAGCUGGCAUCAAGGGUGAGCCGGGCGAGCCAGGAAGAGGAGGCCAUAAGGGAGAGCCAGGACUUCCAGGGCUGCCUGGACUUCCCGGGAUAAAGGGUGAACCUGGAUUUCUAGGCCCCCAGGGAGAGCCAGGAUUGCCAGGGCUCCCAGGAACCAAGGGCGAGCGCGGGGAGAUGGGGCCGCCAGGGAAAGGAGAGCGAGGGCUGAUGGGGCCUGUGGGACAGAAGGGAACACAAGGGGAGCCUGGAACCCCUGGUUACAAAGGAGUAAAGGGCGAAACGGGGGAGAAAGGGGAACGAGGAUUCUUGGGGCUGAGAGGCCCCCCCGGACUGAAGGGUGACCAGGGGGCGACCGAGAUCAUCGACUACAACGGAAACAUCCAGGAGGCCCUGCAGAAGAUUACCACAUUUACAGUGACGGGUCCUCCAGGGCCACCCGGACCUCUUGGACCACCAGGACUGAAGGGGGAGCGCGGGGCACCUGGUCUCCCAGGCCUGGACGGGGAGAGGGGUCUGAAGGGCUCUAAAGGAGAUGCAGGGGUCCCUGGUUUUUCCGGAGAGAAGGGGAGUCUGGGAUUGCCUGGUCUGCCUGGCGUUAACGGGCUGAAGGGCGAUAAAGGGGACACAGGACUGCCUGGGUCUCAGGGACCUUCGAUCAUCGGCCCCCCUGGAUCUCCCGGCCCCCACGGCCCCCCAGGGCCCAUGGGACCCCAUGGUUUUCCAGGUCCUAAGGGAGAAUCAGGGCUGAAUGGUCUAAAAGGGGUUCGAGGGGAGCCUGGCCACAAGGGCGAUCGAGGGCCCCUGGGCCUCCCUGGGGCGUCUGGCUUGGACGGCAAGCCUGGAAUUAGGGGAAUGGAUGGACCUGCAGGUCCAGCUGGCCCAGCCGGACCCAAAGGUGACAUAGGUGAGCGAGGAUCAGCUGGUGAACCUGGGCCAAGAGGACCGUACGGAUUACCUGGAGCAGUGGGGACACCCGGAUUGGAUCAGGAUACUACUAUGUACUAAUUAAAUAGUCAGCACAUUUCGAUGUACACUGUUGUACACAUAUACCGUAUACGUGUACAGUAUACUGUAUGUAUAUAUGCAUAUAGUAACAAUGUAAUACUAUAUAUGUAUAUUGUAUGUAUAUAUAUAUAUAUAUAUAUAUAUAUAUAUAUAUAUAGUGACAGUGAAAUAUCUUACCUAAACUAUUGAUCGUUAUUGAGGCCAUGUGUGUUUUGUAUUUAUUGGGGCCAUCUUCACAUGCACUUAACACCUCCCACCACAAGAUGCCGGCCACAUCACAUGCCCAAUAUCACAAUUAAGCGACCAUAUGCAAUUGUGUCAUCCCAUGUUCCUUUAAUGCGCUAUAAAAGGUCACACCAAACUCCAGACCUACGGAGUAACACUGCUGUCAGAAUCCACAAAAGACAUUAAUAAUGUGCAUCAAUUUUUUUCACAUCUGAAAAUGCAUGCAGUUAGUGUUAUGAACAGAUAAAACCUAAAAAUUAGGGCUUUUGAGCAGUGUUGCUGUAAAAAAAUGGAGUGUGGUACCUAUUUAAAAUGUUGAAUAUUCUGUUUCAUUUUAAAGCUCUGUCCCUUUUCUGCCGGUUAUGCUCCCACCCGUUUGGUUUAGCUUGCAUCAUAAUGACUGUGUCAGUCAUUCAUUUUCUGCAUCGCAUGUUUUCUUGUGCUCUAACUCUACUGAACGAAACAUAAAACGUUAUUUGCAUCCACAGUUGCUGUCUGAAUCCAUGUUCGCACCACACCAAUCCUUUGAAUGUUUCCAUGGCUAAUGGUGUUAUGAAGCAUGCUAACUGUGAAACAAUUUGGUCUCUGUCAGAAAUGCAAUUGCAACCACGGUGUAGGUAAUGUGUAUUACCUGGCGGUGGUUAGGAAUUUGAUUGAUGUGUCCUGUCUUUUCAGAGAAGGGCUAGUGUGGGUGCAGGCUUUUCUGAAAAAAAAAUGAAAAGAUUUUUUUUUGAAGAGGACGAUCCAGUCUAAAAGUGUCUGGACCAGUCCUUACUUGGAUGAGACUGGACACCCUUUUUAAGGGUUUGGGGUCAGUUCCAUGUCAAUUAAUUUGAUUUGGGAAAUUAAUUUAAAUUCAGAACAUGAAUUAGAAAAAUUGCCAUAACAUUCUAUACUGAUGUUUUUCAGUUAAUGGACUAAAUUUUAAUUUGCUUAAUUGACUGGAUUGACAUGGAAUUGACCCCAAAAUUGACCCCCUGUGUUAUAUAUUUUUCUGCUAUAUUUUCCAAUGAAGGUUGAAAAGGGACACAGUUUUUAAAAAUUGGGUGUGCUUUGUACUAGCGAUGGGAGAAUGAGGUUUUCACAAAACCCAUGAUGGGUGGUGCUACCAUGACCUGCCAAUCACUGAUGCAUUUGAACCAAUGAGAAAGGUUUUGUUCUCCACUGCAGUGGUUUCAAAUCAGUGAGUGACCGAUCGCCUAUGGUGGCUCUGCCCACUGAAAGCCUCAUUCUCCUCUGGCUAUUCCGUGUCUCGGAGGCGUUUUCCCUCUUCUGCUUUUUCUCCUCCCUCCCGCCCUGUGAGUUCCUUCCGUUACACUUUCCCUCCUUCCCCUCUUCCCUCGGCAUCACGAGGAACUUUCCGGACUCCGUGCGGUGCCUUUCUCCUAUCUGUUGCUUUGUAGUGUCCUCUCACCCCACCCCCCGUGUGAGGUAAUAUCUCUCCCGUUAAUCUCCUCCCUUUACUGCGGUGUCAUCUAAUAUUUCUGAUUCAGCGAGGGCAACCAUUGCAGGUCUUCCCAUUCCUCUCAUCCAGGUUCCUUCUCUCAUAUGUGCAUUCCUGGGAAUAAGUGCAUCUCAUCAAAAGCUAGAGAUCAUUAUUUUGGCUAGUCUUCGUUUUCACCAGCUCUUGAAUCGUGAUGUAGGAUAUUAAAGAGGGUUAUAGACUAGCAUAAUGCGUAGGGCUCUGAACAACUUAUAAGUUUAUUGGUUUGAUUCCCAGGUGGGGUUGCUGCCAUUAU